CUAUGUAUGAUGCUGCUUUGCGUCCUUCAUUUUUAAAUAGACCCAAUCACGGAUCUGUCUUUCCAAGCUGUAGGGACAUACGUUGCAGUAUGGGUGGAAGUGGCAUUAGUGCUUUGGUUAGAGCUGUUGUGUCUCUUAUUAUUAUUGUGUUUCUUCUUGUUGGUAUCUUAGCAAACGCUGGACCAAGUGUUCCAUCAACAGAAAAGGUCAAGAGUUUGCGGUUUAGUGGUAAAGAUGUGAAUCUGUUUCAUGUUAGCAAGCGGAAAGUUCCAAAUGGAGCUGAUCCUAUCCACAACAGGAAAGAAACUUCAAGACGGCCACCACGAGUAUGAUCUAGCUCCAAUAUAUACGACUUGUAAGACAAGAUAGUGGAUAACUCGACCUUCUCAAUUGCGUUUUCACGUCAAGAAGCUACUUUUUUCUUCUGGGGCAGUCCAUAACUUCAGAUUCAGAUUAUAUGCUAAGAACACAUAGCUUGUGAAAGCCUUGCUCUGUUUUCCAAAGGUGAAGUCUUGCUCUCUUUUUCUUUUUGGGAACAUUGUGUCUGGAGAUUACAAACUUUUAAAAGUAAAGGUGUAGAGAGAACAUUGAUGCAGAUAUUAAGACUUUUAAGGACUUUGUAGGGUUUUUGUAAUAACAUUUGUAUUGAUUAUAGGCUUAUGUUUUCUUCA